UUUGAUUCAGUGCGCGCCAUUGAGCAGCAACAAUAGCUGCCUGCCUUUGUCACCGCUCGCAUUGUCAAUAGCUGCUCAUCUGGCACACCUGAGUCAUUAUUAGAUUAAUUUUAUUAGCUGCAGCUGUGUUUGCCCGCUGCGACGCGUCAGGUGAGCAGACAGACAGCAGGGACACACUGAUCUGAAGCUUCACAUCCACCGCUUGUAAACUUCAUACACCGUGCUGGGUGCUCCUCCUGGAGCUUUCAGGGGGAUGGAGCAGCGCGGAGGUGGCGCAGGCCGGGGAACGGAGAGCCCCAGCCGCCGGGACAGCGUCAGCCCAGACGAGAGAGGCGAGAGCCCUGCAUCCAGCGGCCCCCCGCCGUGCAAGCUGAACCGUCUGGAGGUCAACGGCAGCCCGGCAGCUCCGCGAAUCAGGCAGAACGGCGCGCCGCUGAGACCCCUUGGAGGUCUGAUGAUCCCCGUCUACUGCGUGGUGGAGCACGCAGACAUGGGCGUAGCCGGCGACUGCGAGGGGCACGGCGAGCGCCACGCCGAGUUCGUGCUGGUUCAUAAGGACGUCCUCUUCACGCAGCUGGUGGAGACGGCGCUGGUCGCUCUGGGAUACUCCCACAGCUCAGCUGUACAGGCAAGUGGCAUCAUUAAAGUGGGCCGCUGGAAGCCGAUGCCCAUCCAUUACCUAACAGACGCUCCAGAAGCAACGGUGGCUGACAUGCUGCUGGACGUUUACCACAUGGUUACACUGCGGAUCCUGCUGCACAGCUUCGCUCGGCUCGAGGAGCUGCCGUCGGAGCAGUGGUCCCACGCCACGGUGAGGAGCGCCCUCAAAGAGCUGCUCAGAGAGACCAACCAGAGCACGCUGGCCAAGGAGUGUCCUCUCUCACAGAGUAUGAUCUCAGCGAUAGUGAACAGCUCCUACUACGCCAACGUCUCCACCUCCAAAUGCCAGGAGUUUGGACGCUGGUACAAGAGGUACAAGCGCAUCAAAGGUGAAUACAUCGAGAAGAUGUGGUCAGCGCAGGACAAAUCGGAUAUAAAAGUGGAGAGAGAUUUGGACAUGAGCGUCCUCGGCCAGCGUCCCCCCUCUCUCUUACCAUCCCCCACCCAUCUGGGCACCCUGGGCGGCCCUGGAGCUCUGUCCAUCAAGAGCGCCCUCGGGGACACUCAGACCUCCACCCAGCCUCACUGCCUGCCUCACCCCGCCAGCCAGCACCACCCCAGCCCUCCGCUCCGCCCGCAGGCUCCACCUCUCCUGAGCCACGGCGGGCUCCUGUCCCCGCAGCUCUCCCCUCAGCUCGUGCGUCAGCAGCUCGCCAUGGCCCACCUCAUCAACCAGCAGCUCGCCGUCAGCCGCCUGCUCGCCCACCAGCACCCGCAGGGAGUCAACCAGCAGUUCCUCAACCACCCGCCCAUCUCGCGGACCUGCAAGGGCUCCGGCGCCGCUGCUGAGCCGGGCCUCAACUGCUCCGGAGCUGAAGUCUCCUUCGACAUCUACCAGCAAGUGAGGAACGAGCUGAAGAGGGCCAGCGUUUCCCAGGCCGUGUUCGCCCGCGUGGCUUUCAACCGCACACAGGGAUUACUGUCAGAGAUCCUUCGUAAGGAGGAGGAUCCUCGCUCGGCCUCGCAGUCGCUCCUGGUCAACCUGAAGGCCAUGCAGAACUUCCUCAACCUGCCCGAAGGCGAGCGGGAUCGCAUCUACCAGGAGGAGAGGGAGAGGAGCACGAACACCAACCACAGCCACCCCACCAACCUCAUCCCCAACAGCAACACACACAGACACACACAGACAAAGUGCAUCGUGUCGGGCGCGGAGCUGCCGCUGAAGGUGGACUCGCUCGUGAACAUCACGUCGGGGAUCUACGAAGAGAUCCAACAGGAGAUGAAGAGGGCGAAGGUCUCCCAGGCUUUGUUCGCCAAAGUGGCUGCCAAUAAAAGUCAGGGUUGGCUGUGUGAGCUGCUCCGGUGGAAAGAGAACCCGAGCCCCGAGAACCGCACGCUGUGGGAGAACCUGUGCACCAUCCGGAGGUUCCUGGGUUUACCGCAGGCCGACAGAGACCAGGUCUACGAAGAAGAGUCGAGGCAGCAGCACAGCGACAGGCUGCACACCGUCCUGCACAUCCCCGACCAGCAGCCACUCCACAGACAGCCGCUGCCACCUCUGACAUCUCCGUCUCCGAUUCAUGAAGACCCGCAGCCCAUCCCACUGCUGGUCUUGCACGGCUCAGAAGACCGGCCCCAGCGUGGGAUAAGCCCUGGCCUCGGAGGGGGAGGACCAAAGAAGGCCCGAUCGCGGACGCGGAUUUCCCUCGAGGCCCUGGGAAUCCUGCAGAGCUUCAUCGGCGACGUGGGGCUCUACCCCGACCAGGAGGCCAUCCACACCCUGUCAGCCCAGCUGGAUCUACCCAAGCACACCAUCGUCAAGUUCUUCCAGAACCAGCGCUACAACGUCAAGCACCACAGCCAGGUCAGAGAGUCCGUCCCCGGGGAGGACGACAGGGAGAGCUUGAGUCCCAGCGAGGGAGGCGCCGGCCUUGCGGAGAGUCGGGGCGAGGAGGGUCUGUCUGCGUCCGAGGAGUCGAGCGAGGACGGGAGAGGAUCGGUUGAGGUGUUCAGAACAGAGGGAAGAGAUGGGGGAGAAGAAAGAGAGGCGGAGAUGGAGAUAGAGAAGGAGGAAGGGGACGACGGGAAAGCCUCAGGACCGGCAACUUCCUCUCUGUCCCCUUACAGCAGUCUGGACAGCCCCCACUCUGCAGAGCAACAGAGAUAACAGCAAAGAAACCGAGGAAGGACGCUGUAAGAAAACCUGUGAACGAACAUCACCUUCAGCUCGAUGAUAUCUGAAGAACUGUGGAAAUGAUUUGAGUAAGGUGACUGAAAAGGGAUCCGAAGGUACGACCACUACCCUCAGACACUGCCAGUUUGUUUUGGCUUGAUUGAGACAAAAACAUCUCAACAUAUUUCCUCUUAAAAUUUCAGUUUUUCACCUUUCUGACCUGGAUGGCAUCACAAGUUAAUAUUUUCAGUUGGGUUACCUAUUUAAAACAAGUCCCAAACACUUCACGUCUGUAGGCUUUAAAGGUGACCGCAGCACAAUCCACAAAGUAAUACAAACGAAUACAAGUUUCUGUCUCUUUGUUUAUUUCUGGGCGUCUUUGGUUAUUAUGUUUACAGGUUACAGUGUUAAGUGACGCUCCGAAAAGUUUGGCUGAACCUUCCUUUAAGGUGGGGCGAGGCAGGUUUCACUGUAGGAGUAAAGCUGGCGUCGCACACCAAGCGUAAUCGAAUCUGACAGUUUCUCACAAGAAAAACGACGAGUUUGUGCCCAGAAAUAUUUUAAGCGAGGCUUCAUGUAAAGAGAUACAGAGAACGUAAACUCUGGAGGAACAUUUGAGUCCCGCUGUGACUCACAGGCUCCUUAAUGUGACAUGGACGCUGUUAAAUGAACUUAAAUUUGGAUUUCUGGAGUUUGCCAGCGUUUAACAGCGCUCUGUUCAGUCUAAAACAAACUCCUUCCAAACCACACAAAUGAUUUUUCUGCUCAGUAUUCAUGAAAAGGGCAUUCACCUGGAAGUAGAGGCAAUAACAGAAGAACCUCCACCCAAACUACAUGUUUUGUUGUUUGUUUCGUAAUGUAUGAAUAUAUUUUAGGAGGUCUUUGCAUCAACUGAGCUCUUUGUGAAACUGGAAAAAACAGUUCCACACUACCCUCCCAUUAAUAUUUAUUACUAACUUUAUAUUUACUAAAAAUCUGAGUAUUAUUGUUGUAAUUAAUUUUGCUAUCAUUUCUUUGAUAUGACUACAAAUGUCUUUGUAAAUGUGACAAAAAAAGAGGACGAGAUGUUUGAUCGGUGUUACAGUUUUUAUUAUUUACGAUUUCUAAAUCAGACUGGAAGAGAAAAUAUCUGUUUUUUUUUAAUGUACAUUAUGAUGUCGGUGUCGACAAUCCACCUGCAAAAACUGAAUCUGUCGUCAUGUGUGGGAUGCAACCACUGUCACUUACACUGUUUGUGUAGUUUGUGCCACAAUGGAACAGAUGGAAAACACGUUUAUUUGAAUUUUUCAGUCUGACGAUCGUCUCUGAUUUGUUCCAUUCUGACGUUUUGCCAUUGUUCUUUGAUUCUGCAGGACGUGAACAUCUGAUAAAAACUUUUUCCAAAGUAAUCUCUGUGCUGAAAGUUUGCCCUUCUGUAAAUCUGUUCAAACUGCUUCCACUAAUCAACCCACGGAGUCAGAGUCUGGAGUUUUGCU